UGGGGCCUGGCUGGGGGGUUGUUGUCCGCACUCUGCUGUCUGUCCAACUGCACAGGUGCUGUGCCUCCUGUGCUCAACAAUAUGGAGGACUCGCCGACGUCGGAGUCGCGGGGGAGGAGGAAGAUCAUGGAAGAGGACGACGACAGCGCGUCAAGCGAGAAAGGAGUUCCAGCAGCAGCGGCGGCGUCUUCCGCGACGGGCGGGGGCGGUGCGCUGGGUGGGACCGGGCUGUCGUCAGACAGCGAGGACGAAGAGGCUGAGAAUGAAGCCUUCAAGUCUACUCCGCGGAAAGGAGGCGGUGAUGCGGACGCGGAGAGCGGGGAGGAGGGGGGCAACAAGGUCAAGUCGGCAAUGAAGGAUCUGUUCGGCGACGACGAAGAGGAAGAGGAAGAAGAGGAGGAGGAAGAGGAGCAACCUGAAUCGGCGAAAGGAGGGGGGGGUGGAGGAGGAGGAGGAGGAGGUGGAGGGAGGUACGGGGCGGCUGGGGGGGGCUCGAGUGAGGACGAAGACAUGUUUGGGGAAGGUUACGGGGCGGGGGGUGCCCGCGGGGGGAGCAGCGACGAGGACGAGGAGAUGGAGGCCCCGCCUACCCCUCUCGAGGACCGGAAGCUCAAGGUAAGAAGAAGCAGGAAGAGCCCAGCCGCCGCGGAGAAAAGGCGGAUAGGAAGAUAG